UUCCGGCGCAAGAUGGAUUUCGAGAGCUUGAAGAGUCAGGUCAGCAAUCUGACACUUUACGACCUGAAGGCAGGCGUUCGUAAAGUGCAGAAUGGCUACAGUCAAAUCCUCAACGAGAUCAUGCCCAUGAUCUACAAACGCUUCACCGAGAAGACGGCAGAGGAAUGGCGACAGAUCUACAAGGUGAGUUCGACGGCUACACCUCUUAGAACAUGUCUAAACCACGACAGGNCCCUUCAAUUGCUCGAAUUCUUGAUCAAAAACGGCUCCGAGAGAGUCAUCGACGAUGUCCGAUCCCACCUCUCCCUCAUCAAGAUGCUGCGCCAGUUCCACUACAUCGACCAGAACGGCAAGGACCAGGGCAUCAAUGUCCGCAAUCGAUCAAAGGAGCUCACCGAACUUCUCAGUGAUGUCGACAGAAUUCGGUCUGAGCGUAAGAAGGCAAGACAGAACAAGAACAAGUACAGCGGUGUUGAGGGUGGUGCCGGUCUUGGAGGCUCAAUGUCCACCUCCAGCAGCAGAUAUGGCGGCUUCGGCAGCGAGUCUGCUCCUGGAGGCUACGGCGGAGCUACAAGACAAGUCUACGGCGAUGGCGGUGGUUUCGGAGGCGAGACGGUACAAGACGACUGGGAAGAGCGAAGCCAGAGCCGCAGCAGGGGUCAAGACCGAUUUGACGAAUACGACGAGUACGACGAGGGCACAUCAGCAGCACCACCAAGAAGAAAGGCAGAGCCCUCAAGAAGCGGAACCAAGACAUCAACAGCAGCAGCAAAGAAGCCUGAACCUCCCAAGCCCAAGGAACCCGAGGUUGACCUUUUCGAUUUUGGAGACGAGCCAUCCUCGAUUGCAGCCCCUGCCAUGCCUGCCAUGUCCUCCAACGGCAAGCAGCCAGCUGAUGACGGGUUCGGUGCUCUCCAGUCUGGCGGUGUGGACGACGAUGACUUUGAUGACUUCCAAUCUGCUGCCCCAGCUGCUGCUGCUCCUGCUCCAGCACUUGCAGCAGCUUCCAAGCCCAACUACACUCCCAACUACACAGCGAUCGCACCUCCUGUCUCUGCCGCCACACCCAACACUCAAUUCGCACAGCCUCAACCAAGACAGGGCACUAACAACGCUGCCUUCAGCAAUCUCUUCUCCACCACAUCACCAGUCACCGGCGCAGCAGCACCACCGCCUCAGAACAUUGCAUCGCCAAUGUCAGCAACUCAACCACGUGCAGGUGGCUUCCAGAAUGCACAGCCCAACUACUUCACAUCUGUCAGUGCCACCCAGUCACAGCCGGCAUCGACAGUGGCAUCUCNNCCCGGUGUCAAGUCGCCAAUUGGAGGUGCUCCCAAGCCCAAGGCUAGCGGUGACGCCUUUGCGACUCUCUUGUCUGGCACCAACCUCAAGAAGUCGGGCACCCCCGGCAACAAGGGACCUACCAUGGCAGACAUGGCCAAGCAAAAGGCCAGCGCUGGUAUCUGGGGGACAACAAGCUCGUCUAGUCCCGCUACACCAUCUGCUCCUCAGUACGGCGGCCAGAAGACUGGCGGAGCUAUGGAUGAUUUGCUUGGAUAA